AUGGCGCUAACUUCUUCACUCUCACUCAUUCCUCCCAUCAUCACAUCUCCACCCAAACUCACUUCUAAAUCCUUCUCAUCUCUAUCACCACCCAACUUCCAUGGCAUCUUCACCAAAUCCAACAACAACUCAUCAAAAUUCUUGUUGAAUGCUGGUUUCAAUCUUGUUGAGCCUGACCUCAAUGAAGAACCUAUAGACCAAUUUCGCACUAAUGGCAUUGCAAUUGAAGAUUUUGAGUUUGGAAUAUUUGAUGGUCACCAUACUUUCCAUGAAGGAGAAGUUGAGAGAGGAACGUUUUGGGGUGGAAUUAAGGAAGACAUAGAAGGAGCAGGACCCCCCACUGGAUUUCAGGGUUUAAUUUCAUGGCUCUUCCCACCAGCCAUGGCUGCUGGAGUAUUCUUCAAUGUUCCGGGUGAAUACUUGUUCAUUGGAGCAGGAAUAUUUACAAUAGUAUUUUGCAUAAUUGAGAUGGAUAAACCUGAUCAACCACACCACUUUGAACCUGAAAUAUACAACAUGGAAAGAGUAGCUAGAGACAAGUUGAUAAAUGAGUAUAAUUCUAUGAGUAUAUGGGAUUUCAAUGACAAAUAUGGUGACCUUUGGGAUUUUACAAUCCAGAAGGAUGCAAGUGACAUUAUGAAGAGAUAA